AUGGGAUUGGAGGAUGUUUCUAUUGUAGCUCAGGGAUACUUUUGUCUGCCCGCUGCAGAAUUUGUGUUGUCCAACCCUGCCCGAAUUCGCCACCUCAUAUUUAUCAACCCACCUAUCACAGAAAAGCAUGCCAAGCUGCCCUCGUGCCUCUCGGCCUUCUCCAACUUCCUGCUCGGAGAGAUCUUUGCGCAGGACCCACUGAGGGCCAGCGACAGGGUACUGGAGGAGGCGGGCUGUUACUUAGUUGACGAGGAGGAUGCCAUGGUGUACCGCCGACCUUACCUUGCCAGUGGAGCAUCGGGGUUUGCCCUCACAGCUAUCACCCGAGCCUUCCAGAAGGAUCUCAAGGCGUCACUCCCCCUGGUCGCCAAGGCCCUCUCAGCCGUCUCUGCCCAGCCCUCCUCCUCAGCCACCGUUAUUUGGGGCAUGAAGGACCGCUGGCAGUCGUUUAACGGGGUCAGAGAGGCGUGCAGAGCGGCUGGUGCAGUGCUGGUCACUCUAGACGAGGUGGGGCAUCAUGCUCAGGAAGAUUAUGGAGAGGAGGUGGGACGAGUAAUUCGAAACAUUCUUCGCCGCACUACAUGA